CAAUUAUCUUCUGCCCCCAUGGCGGCAGCCGGUAACCUAUGAUAACAAAUACGUGCAUUUAAAUUUUGCACGUUAAUCGACGACCCACUCGGCCUGCGUUGCCGAUCGCACGGUAUUACGUGGCUGUCGCGAGAAACCGAGGACAUCCCACGAUGGUUGAGGAAUCGGAGCAGUUGCCGCCGAUCGACGUGAAGGAGCCGCUCGACCUGAUAAAGCUGAGCCUGGAGGAGCGGAUUUACGUGAAGAUGAGGAACGAGAGGGAGCUCCGAGGGAAAUUGCACGCCUUCGACCAACACCUGAACAUGGUGCUGGGCGACGUGGAAGAGAUCAUAAACAUAGUGGAGAUCGACGAGGAGACGUACGAGGAGAUCUACCGCCAGAAGAAGAGGACCAUCCAGAUGCUGUUCGUGCGCGGCGACGGUGUCAUCCUAGUAUCUCCGCCUACAUAAGAUCACACGUCGGCUGCGGCCAAGUUGUCGCCUCGAAUGCUUCCAAGUGCUUUUCUCCUCCUUUCUUUCGGUAAAGAUGGACAGAGAAAAGAGACACUUCGAAGCAUCCGCGGCGGCAGCUCGACCGCAAGCAUCGUCUCGUGCGUGGAGCACGACGCUACACUAUAUUUUAUAUAUAAUUUACGAUGUGACUCUGCUCUGUCCUAAAAGAUCUGCGGUGCUCGAUUUGAGAGAUCGAGGGAAAUUUUUGCGACAGCACCUUCUAUUUCUGUAUUAUACUAUACAUAUAACACGCUGCGUGUGUCUAAGGUUGCAUGAGUGGCCCAACUAGAUAAUAAUAAAAAGUGUAUUCUUUUGUA